AUGUCCACACAAUUCAGAAAGUCUAAUCACAACAAGCAACCGCACAGCACAGCCAAAAAGCUGGAUCCCGAGCUCAAGUUCAAGUUGGAAACGCUCACGGAGCUUUUUCCAGAUUGGACAAACGACGACCUGAUUGAUUUGGUCCAGGAGUAUGACGAUCUAGAGACCAUUAUCGACAAGAUCACAUCGGGUGCGGCCACUAAAUGGGAUGAGGUCAAAAAACCAUCCAAGAAGGAAAGACAACAGCAGCAACAACAACUACAGCAACAGCAACAGCAACAGCUACAUGUACAACAACAACAACAACAGCAUACAAACGCGGUCUCCGCCUCAGACGGCAGUGGUAGCACCUCGCAUAAUUCGCAUAACAACAACAACAGCAACAGCAGCAAUAACAAUAGCAGCAGCACUCACAGUCACAGUCACAGUCACACUAAUAACAGCCAGCACGCAGGAACCUCGGGCGACGCUGAUCACUCGCAUCCCAAAUACUCGAAACACAACAGAGACGGUGGCUCCAGACCCCACAAGAAGUCCGCAGGCAGAGAACGCAAUGAGCGCGCUGGCUCUGCAAAGGCCGUCACCGCUAGCUCGGCCUCGUCAAUCACUGCCUCUGCCGUCCAGGCUGAAAACUUGAAGCCCGCUGUAUCUGCUGCCAAGGCCGCAUCCUCGACUUCCUGGGCCGCCAUGGCUGCCGACAAGAAAGCUGCGAAACAAAAGGCCAACGUAGCCCAUUCUGCAUCCAAUAAAACCCAAAAGGAACAGUCAGAAGUUUCGGAAUCUGCUCCACAGCCAGAAGAAUCUGCUCAAGAGCCAUCACAACAACAACAGCAGCAGCAGCAGCAGCAAUCUAAUGACCAAACUACUCUCGACGAUGCCACAACCGCCGCCGUUGCUGCCAGCAAUGUGCCAGUAGAGGACCUUGAAAAGCCAAAGAGAAUGACAUGGGCUGCCAUAGCCACUCCUAAACCUAAACCAGGUGCUUUGAAGAAACGCGAGCCAUUGGAGGAACUCGAACAUUUGAAGAACGAAGCCGCUCAAAUUUCUCCAGAGGCUGCCAACACUACCACCGUGGAGUCACAAGCGGAUGUACCAACUACUGAAGUAGCUGUUGAAGAAACUUUCCCAGAAGCUUCUGAACAGCCAGAAGUGGCUGCUCCAGCUGUGGAACCAUUCCAGCCAGCUCAACAAGAAUCAUUGCCAAAAGAAGAGGUGCCUGAAACUGUUGAAACCGAGCAGGUCCCAGAAAUUCAGUCUUUGGCUGAGGAAGCACCAGCAGCCGCUGAGCCAGAGACUGCCGAGUUCCGUCCACAAGAACAGCAACAGCAAGAACCACAAAGUUCUUACGCUGAUGAAAGCUCAGUCCCAGCUCCACCUGCUUCCGAACAGUCCCAAUCUUUCUACCAAUCUCAACCACAACAGCAAUUCUCAUCUCAAACCCCACAACAAACUCCUCAACCGCUACAGCAACAAAACGCAGCUGCUGCCGCUGCUGCUGCCCAGCAGCAGUACUAUAUGUACCAGAAUCAAUUUCCAGGCUACUCGUACCCAGGUAUGUUCGACAACCAGAGCUAUCCUGCUGGCUACGGUCAACAGUACAUGCCACAGAGCCAAGGUGGAUCUCAGUCUCAGCCAUCGUCUGCUCAGCAAACACAGGCCCAAUCUCAGGCCGGACAAUACGGAAUUCCUCCUACUUACAGUGGCGCUGGCAGAGACUUGGCCGCUGCUUCUCCAAUGGCUGCUCAGGUUCAAUUGCAGCAGCAACAACAGCAGCAACAGCAACAACAACAGCAGCAACCAUACGGUGGAUCCUUCAUGCCUUACUACCACUUUUACCAACAAUCUUUCCCAUAUGGCCAACCACAAUACGGCAUGGCAGGACAAUAUCCUUACCAGGUUCCAAAGGCCUACGGCAAUUACAUGAGUCAAUACCAGCCUCAGCAGCCAGGCCAGGCUUCUUCUUCUCAAUCGCAACAGGGUGAAGAGCCUCAACAGAGUGCUCAACCUGGACAAGCAGGUGCCUCUCAAGGUCAAGCCCAAAGUUCCGGAAGCCAGGGUCAAGCUCAGGUCAGUGCUCAGCAACAAGCCCAACUACAACAAUACUAUCAGUUCCAGCAGCAACAACAGCAACAGCAAGCUGCUGCCGCCGCAGCCGCUGCGCAGCAAGGCGUUCCAUAUGGCUACUCCGGCUACGAUUUCUCAUCGCAAGGAACCAGAGGCUUUUACUGA